AUGGCCUUUAUUUCACAAAGCGCCCCAGAUAUUAGGAAAAAACUCCAGAAACUCGAAGGGGCAUUGGGCAAGCCACUGAGUGAAUUGAUGGAGGUCGCUAGAAAGGUUUUUGUUAACCGGGAAGUUCGUGAAGAACAAAAGAAGGACCAGAGGAUGCAAAAGAAGGCUGAAUUGUUGGCGGCUGCCAUGAUGAGUGGACCCAGAGAUGGCAGAGGUCUCCGGGGCCGAGGGACGGGAAGGACUUUGGGGCCUAAUCAAUGUGGCAUAUGUAAACAGGAAGGCCAUUGGAAAGGUGAAUGUCCCAAUAAGGAAGAUUUUGCCCGUCCUAGUAGCCGCCCCUGGAGUCCCCCUACUGGAUUGCGAGGUGUUCGAAGAGGUCCUCAAAGGGGUCGAGGUCGCCGUGGCCUAUUCCCGAGAUCUCCCCUCCUCGGGGGCCACACCAUUAGUCAUCAAUUUGUUUAUAUGCCAGACUGCCCUAUGCCUCUUUUGGGUCGUGACUUACUUUGUAAAUUGCGGGCGCAAAUCUCCUUUUCAGACGAUGGCUCAAUGCAUUUGAAAUAUGGCAAAGUUAAUCUGGAUAUUCCCCGGGAGGAAGUGUGGAGAUUGAUGGUGGCCGUGGACGCCCCGCAGGGUGGGAAGUGGAUGGACUUUGCUGUUCCCCACCUGUGGGCGGAAGAUAAUCCUCCAGGUUUUGCUGGCCACCAUCCUCCUAUUGUGAUUGAGGAAAUUCCCCGAAGGAAUCCAGUCCGAAUUCGUCAAAGAGCCUAUCCCAGACACAUUGUCGCGUCCAUUCAGAAAGUUAUUGAGCCUUACCUUACUUACGGCAUUCUGAUACCAAUAGACUCGCCAUGGAACACUCCCAUUUUACCAAUCCCAAAAGGAGAUGGCCACUUUAGGAUGGCGCAGGAUUUGAGGCGCGUGAAUGACGCAACUGUUACCAUCCACGCAACCGUGCCCAACCCAUAUGUUCUUUUGGGACUAAUACCCCCUACUGCUUCUUGGUUUUCGGUCAUCGAUUUAAAAGACGCUUUCUUCACAAUACCUAUUCACCACCAAUCUCAGCACUUGUUUGCCUUUGAAUGGGAAAGCCCUAUAACCGGACGGAAACAACAAUAUACCUGGACUCGUUUACCACAGGGGUUUAAGAAUUCUCCCACACUGUUUGGGGCUGCACUUGCUCGGGAUUUGGAGGCUUUGGAGAUCCCUCCUCCUGAUGUUGUCUUACAAUAUGUUGAUGAUCUCCUUGUGACUGGGACUUCUGAAGACGUUUGCUGGGAGAACACUUCCCUUUUACUACAUCUUUUACAGGACUUGGGUUACAAGGCCUCCAAGAAGAAGGCCCAGUUGGUUUUACCCAAGGUCCGGUAUUUGGGUUAUGAUAUUCAGCAGGGCAGCCGCACCUUGGCCCAUGAGCGAAAGGAAGCUAUUUGUCAAUUGCCAGUUCCUAAGAAUCGCAAGGAGCUGCGGGGUUUUUUGGGGGCAGCCGGUUUCUGUCGAAUCUGGAUUCCCAAUUUCGCCAUUCUGGCCAAACCAUUAUAUGAAGCCACCAAAGGGGCGGAUAAGGAACCAUUGAAGUGGGAGAAAGGGGAACAACAAAGUUUCACCAAUUUGAAGCUCGCUUUAACUCAAGCACCUACUCUUGCCCUGCCUGACUUGGAGAAACCUUUUCAACUUUUUGUCGACACGAAACAAAACAUGGCAGUUGGUGUGCUCACGCAGAGGAUGGGGACAUGGUUUCGCCCCGUCGCGUACCUGUCUAAGCAGUUGGACAAUGUUGCGAACGGGUGGCCCACCUGUUUGAAGGCAGUUGCGGGGGCAGCCCUUCUCACGCACGAGGCCAAUAAGUUGACCUUUGGCCAUGACUUAGAAAUUCAUACUCCACAUACUUUACGUGCUGUGUUGGACAAUAAGGGACACCUUUGGCUUACUAACCCCCGAAUGUUAAAAUAUCAAGCUAUGCUUACUCAUAACCCUUCAAUUCGCCUGGUGCAUUCUAAUGUAUUGAAUCCGGCCACCCUGCUUCCGGAACCUGACUCGCAGGCGUCCCAUGAUUGCCUGCAGACGAUUGAGGAGACUUUCUCGAGUCGCCCGGACUUGAAAGAUGUGCCCCUUGUUAAUCCGGACUACACGCUUUACACUGAUGGUUCAAGUUUUCUUCAUGAUGGUGUUCGGAAGGCUGGAUAUGCCGUCGUGACACUGGAGGAUGUUUGGGAGGCUCAACCACUGCCCCCUGGCACUAGUGCCCAAUUGGCUGAACUACACGCCUUAACGAGGGCCCUUGAAAUGUCCUAUGAUUUGCGGGUCAACAUCUAUACGGACUCUAAGUAUGCUUUUCUAACUGUCCAAGUUCAUGGGGCCCUUUAUAAAGAGCGGGGAAUGUUAACAGCAGGUGGCAAGGAUAUAAAAUAUGGAUCUCACAUUCUGCGGCUCCUAGACAGUGUAUGGGCUCCCCGAGAAGUUGCAAUAAUGCAUUGUAGAGGUCAUCAGAAAGGGGUUUCUGAUAUUGAUCGUGGUAAUAAUAAGGCUGAUCGCACCGCCCGCUCUGUUGCUCUUGCAUUUUUGCUAUCUCAGACUCUUUGUCCCUUGUGGACGCCUCCGUCCACGACAUCCCCGUCGUAUACUCCAGUGGAAGUGACUCAGGCUAAAUCGUUAGAGGCCUCCUUGGUUGUGUUGGCGUGGGACGUUGCUUCUUCCUUGCAUCAACAACUACAUUUGGGGAAGUCUGCCUUAGCACAAGCCUUGCUCCGAGAGGUGUAUAUUGAUAAGGUCCACAGUUUGGCAACUAAUGUGGUUCUUCGGUGUUCUACUUGUGCCGCCAACAAUCCUCGGCAGGGACCCUCUUUGCCCCAGGGCCACCAACCUAAGGGCUGUUAUCCCUUUGAGUCCCUCAUGAUCGACUUUACAGACAUGCCACGAUCAGGGUCUUAUACUGCUAUGUUAGUUAUUGUUUGUACCUAUACCGGCUGGCCUGAGGCUAUUCCCACUAGAACGAAAAAGGCGGCUGAGGUUACGAAGGCCUUACUUCAAGUUGUAAUUCCACGUUAUGGCCUUCCGACACGCAUCUCAUCUGAUAAUGGCCCUGAAUUUAUUCACCAGGCAACUCAGAAGAUUUCUCGUAUGUUGGGUAUCAACUGGAGAUUGCACUGUAGUUUCCAUCCGUGUUCUGGAGGCUUUGUUGAAAGGUUUAAUCGAACCAUUAAGGAUAAGAUAGCUAAAAUUUGUCAAGAGACUCAUCUUAAGUGGCCGGAUGCACUCAACAUGGCCCUUCUUGCUGUUCGUUGUGCACCUCGUAAGACCCUCAAUGUUUCCCCUUUUGAACUUUUAUAUGGCAGAAUCCCGAAUCUGGUUGCUCCUACAGGCCUUCAUUUGACGACUCCUCAGUUGGGUGAUACUCUCAAAUGGAAACAAUUGCAAGCCCUUAAUGCCAUGGUCCGCCGUUUGCAGACGUAUGUGUUGUCUUGUCGUCCCCAUGUUAUUGUCACUCCAGUUCAUAAUAUUAAACCUGGCCAAGAGGUGUGGGUCAAACAUUGGAAGCAGGAGCCUUUGGCCCCUAAGUGGAAAGGACCGUAUACUGUUGUUAUGUCUUCUCCCCUUGCUGUUAAGGUUGCUGAGGUCAAGUCGUGGAUCCACUGGACACGCGUGAAAUUGGCUGCUCCUGGUUCCUGGUCCGUCACCGCUGAUCCGGCACGUCCCUUGAAGUUGGCUUUUCGUAAGGCUCCCUCUCGCCCGGCUCGUCUUCGCCCCGCAGUUGACAUCUCCCCUGUGGGUAUCACUCCGGAAGCUGAUACUUGCACGGGCCACUACAAUCUUCGUUCCGGUGCUCGCUCCGGUGACAAACAUGGACUCCGCUUCUAG